CUUUAUUUAUUUAUUCUCUUUAUUUGCGACAACGGCAACAAAGGGGAGUGGUUACAGAAGAUAGAUCCACGUCUGCGUCAGAGUCCACUGCUGCACGUGGAUAAAGUAACAUGGCAGCGCCCUGUGGUCGCUAUUGAAAAGAUCCAAAUAGCGGUUUUUGAUAGAACCCCAUGGUUGAGCCACCACCAGCAGCACCAAAAAUCAUGGAACCAUCUGAUGACCCCACAGAAGACUCCGCGACCACCAUCGAAAACCCAGAGACCAAACAAGCAGAGGUUGGCAAGUCUGACUCAGAACCCAGCUUGUACAACUACAUCAAAGAUGAGCUCUUCACCUCCGAGAUCUACAAGGUGGAGAUCCAGAACCUGCCUAAGUUUGUGGGCUUCAACGACCUCAAGAAGUUCCUGUCAAGGCACGGCCUCAGCCCACACAAGAUCAAGCUGUUUGGCAGGCAGACGUUUGCCUUCGUCACCUUCAUGAACGAGGAGGAGCGCGACAAGGCCAUGAAGAUGGUCCACGGCAUGCUCUGGAAGGGCCAGGUGCUCAGUGUCCGACUGGCCAAGCCCAAGGCCGACCCCAUCCAAAGGAAGAGGAAGCAGCAACAGGAGGAGGGCGAUGGAGAGGAGGGCGGGCAGAGCUCCAGAGGUGGACCAGCCGCCAAGAGACAGGACGUGGAGGAGGACAGCGAGCCCUUCAGUGUCCAGAUAGCCAACGUGGUGACUCCUUUGUGGAAGGUGCCCUAUGAGGAGCAGCUACAGCGCAAACAGCAGGAGGUGGAGGGCGUUCUGCAGAGGCUGGCCAAAGAGAUCGGCAACACCAACAAAGCCAUGGCGCCCUGGCUUUUUGCUCAGAAAGGAAAAUAUAACAACAUGUGUUGCCCACUGGAAGACAUUCAACCAUCUCCUUCACUGACGGAAUACAGAAACAAGUGCGAGUUCCUGAUCUCGAUGGGUGCAGACGGCGAGGACAAAACUGUCGGGUUCCGCCUGGGGAAGUACAAGGGGGGCUCCUGCGCCGUGGUGGGGCCAGCCGAGACCACCCACGUCUCUGCCGAGGCCAAGAGAGUGGUUGCUGCCUUCCAGAAGUUCAUCAGGACCACCGAGUACUCUACGUACAGUCCUGAGACGUACGACGGCCACUGGAAGCAGCUCACAGUGCGCACCAGCAGGACCAAGCAGGCUAUGGCCAUGAUCUACUUCAACCCACAGAAACUUGCAGAGGAGGAGCUGGAUGCCCUGAAAAACUCAUUGAAGAAGUUCUUCACAGAAGGAGAGGGGGCAGACAGCGGGGUGACCUCCCUUUACUUUGUCAGAGAAGGUCAAAGGACCGCCCCCAAACCAGAGGACAGCCCCUGUGAGCUGGUGGACGGAGAGAGUUCCAUCCAGGAAGAACUCCUAGGGCUGAAGUUCAGGAUAUCUCCUCAAUCCUUCUUCCAGGUUAACACAGCAGGGGCGGAGGUGCUCUACUCAAAAGUGGGGGAGUGGGCACAGCUGGACCAGGACAGCACAGUGCUGGAUGUCUGCUGCGGCACCGGGACCAUCGGCCUAUCCCUGGCAAAGAGGGUCAAGAAGGUGAUUGGUAUCGAGAUGUGCAAAGAGGCUGUGGAAGACGCUAAACACAACGCUAAGCUCAAUGGUCUGACCAAUGUGGAGUUCCACUGUGGAAAGGCAGAGGACUUGUUCCCCAAAAUCCUCAAUGCUCUGGUGUCGCCCAACGUUACCGCCAUCGUCGACCCGCCCAGAGCCGGCUUGCACUCUAAAGUUGUGCUGGCCAUCCGGAGAGCCGAACACCUCAAGAGGCUGGUGUAUGUGUCCUGCAAUGCCAAGGCCGCCAUGGCAAACUUCAUUGAUCUGUGCAGAGCACCAUCCAACCGGGUGCGCGGAGCACCUUUCAGGCCUGUGCGCUGCAUGGCCGUGGACCUCUUCCCUCAGACCGUCCACAUGGAGAUGGUUCUGCUGCUGGAGAGGCUGGACUACAGCUCCCAGAAUGCUGCAGACAAGCAGGAAGAGGCUGUGGCCAAGGCCCAAUAGCAUAAGUGGAUGGCAUCGACACGGCUUUCUAGAUAACCAAUGCACACUGCUAAUACUGUAAUCAUACGGCUAUAGAUACUUGCAGGACACAUACCUACUCUUCUUAAUUCGUCUUUAUUUGUUUUGAUGAAGAAAUUUACGUUUGUUGGAAAUGUUUUUUUAUUUUAAUUAAAAACAACCUGGUUUUGUCAAGGUGUUUGGUUGAUUAAUAAAAGACAGAACCACAAGUUAGUCAAGACAAUUUAUUUGCAUAUCGAAUACCCCUAUAGUCAUAGCGCUCAAGUUGUAAUCAUUACUUCAUUUAGGCAGCGACAUAUCAAGCAGACAAUCUGGAGGUACAACUCCAUCGCAACAAGUGUAAACUUCUUUCCACAAACACUUGGCAAGACAGAACAGAAGGGAGGAAAGCACACACAUUCAAGCCAUCUACUCCUACCAGCAAAGCCUUGUUCAAGAAAUGUCGCUAUGCCAUUAACAUUCAAGAAAAUAAAUGCACAAGCCAACUACUUAAACACAUACAAAGCAGUUUUUCCAGUUUUUGCAAACCACUGGUAAUAUACUCUUAGUUUGCAACAUUAAGUGUUUCUGUAAGAGACUAUUUAAGCUUUGGUAUGUACCGUUUAUUUUGUGUAAAACUUAUUUCUGUAGGAGGUAAGUUAUCUAAUUGUUUAGAAAAAUCGGACUAGGAUACGUGAUUAACAGUCACAACAUGACUAUGGCAGAUUGAUGUGAGCAUGAUGGACCACCCAUCUAUCAAAAAUAUGCACAUGCUUUAGGCAUUUCUAUUCUUUGUUGUAAUAUAGGCGUCACCAAUAAAAUUGGCUAAAUAAAUGCUUUAUUUUUUAGGUCCAAUUUACACAUUCAGAGCCCUUCAUGAAAUGAGUCAACUAAGGCAACAUGAAGCUUAAUUCAACAGGGGCACAAAA